GGGAGAGGAAGAGAGAGAGAAUGAAGCACCGCUGGUUCUCACUGCUGUUCCUGCUACCUCCGUUCUCCUCCACACAGCGACCGGGGAGCUGCGGAAUAGGCGUGUGUUUCUCUUUCUGUUACUCCACCGAAGAUCACACUGAGUGAAAACGUCGCGAAGAAACCUUCAAGAGCGACUGAGAGUUAUUUAGCCGGCCGAUUCUACCUGAUGGCAUGGAGCACCAUUUCCUGAUGAGACUGUGGUGAGACCGGUGCAGCCCUGUCACGCCCACAGCGCCCCCUUUCGGCCCGGACGGCCCACCACGCCCCGGCGCCUGUGAAAGGGUACCAUGUCAGCCGUAGCAUGUCCCAGCAUUCCUCCGGUGGUGGCGGAGGAGGCCCCUGCCACUGCUCACCUGAUGACUGUGACGGCCCGGGCAGAGACUACUACCAGGGUCACAGCGAUGGCCACUAUUACCCUCCAGGGGGUCCGGCUGAGGCCCUGGCGCUGGAGAGGCACCAUUCCCACUCCCACUCCCAUAGUCACUCUGGAGGGGGAACCUUUCCCCGCUCCCACCCGAGCCAGCACCCACCUCUCCAGUCGUUUGACUCUUGUGAAGAGUGCCUGUCGUCAGGCCACGGAGGGAAGAUGCACCGCAUUCCCCCGAACCUGAUGGACCAGUUUGAGAAGCAGGUGCCCUUUCAUCCUGAUGGCUUCCACACGCUGCAGUACCAGCGCACCGCUAGUGGGGGUGCUGAGCCGCGCAGUGAGAGCCCCUCACGUAUCCGCCACCUGGUCAACUCGGUGCAGCGCCUCUUUGCCAAGUCCCAUUCCCUAGAGGCACCAACCAAACGGGAGUACAACGGCACAAGAGGAGGCGGGGACUACCGUGGCGAGAGAGGAGGAGGCCACAGGAGCGGAGGGGAGGAUGGAGGAGGCCACUAUACAGGUCACCAGCCCCGUUCUACCAGGAGGUCCAAAUCUCGAGAGCGUAGCAAGAGUGGAGACUCGCGGCACGAGUCGGGCAGGCGCCACCGCAGCAGGACAGCAGGCUGGUGGAGCUCUGACGACAACCUGGACAGCGACAGCAGCUUCCUAGUCAGCGGGGGUAGACGGGGGUAUCCCAGCGGACAUGAGAGUCUGGACGCAGCCAUCCAGGAGCUCACCAUGAAGAGGCCCAAGGAGCGUGGUGGUGGUGGUGGUGGUGGGGGGCCAGGACCUGGGGAGUGCAUGGCCUGUACCACAAUGGCUCUGGCCGGUAGUGAAGGAGGGGGACACCACGGGCACCACGGCCACUCCCUGAAAAGGAGCACCUGGUCAGCCAUGACAGUGAGUCAGGCCAGGGAGGUGUACCCUUCCACCAGGGGAGGAGGCUACGAGAAGGCUCUUGUGCCCAUGGAGAGUAAGCUGAAGGAGAGGACCUUUCACUACCUGCAGGUCCCUUCAGAAGACUGGGGUGGUGGAUAUGGCAGUGGUGGUGCAACAGACAGCGGAGGGGAGAUUCCAUGCCGUCGCAUGCGGAGCGGCAGCUACAUCAAGGCCAUGGGCGACGACGACAGUGCCGACUCUGACACCAGCCCAAAAGCCUCACCCAAGUCCACCCUCAUCGCCCAGAGGGAUGCCUUCAGACGAUCAAUCAGCAUGGAUCAAAGGUACUCAUGUAAGCAGUGUACAGACUCCUACCCCAACAGCCGAACUACACCCAAAACCCACACCCGUGCUCGUAGUUACACCCGCUCUCUGACCAGCUCGCAGCUGGGAGACACACUGAACCGCCAGUUCGAGGCGGUGUGUGAGACCAUGUUCGGGGAGGUGGAGUCUCAAGCCGUCGAGGCUCUGGACCUUCCAGGUGUGUUCCGCACUCGCAGCCACAGCUACGUCCGUGCCAUCCAGGCCGGCUGCUCCCAGGAUGACGACUGCCUCUCUGUCUUCUCCAUGUCGGGCCCCCAGGGAAGCAUCAAGGGCGGGGCCGUCUUUCCUUAUCGUAAAGGUGCUCCUCCCCCACUCCCACCUCGCAUGUCCAAGUCUUCACUCUCUGUGCGAGCGCAGAGCAGCACCGAGUCCACCCAGGAUGCCUACUUCCAGAGCAGCGGACAGUUGGCUUCAAGCUCAGGCCCCGGGCGCCCCAAGCAGCACAGCAACUCCGUGGACCUGGGCAGCUCCGACGGCCCCUCGGGUCGCUCCUCCAGAGGAGGCUACUACACCGCCACAGGCCCUGGACGUUCUCGACAGCACAGUAACUCGGCAGAAAGCCUAGAUGGGGUCAGGGGUUCGCGGGAGCUGGUGCCCUAUGGAGGGGGUCCAGGAGUUGGAGUGAGGGCCAAACACAGCAGCUCGGCUGACAGUCUGCUGGAGGGGCCACCGAGGCCAGCCAGGGAGAGGGACAGCAGGGUCGGGGGCAGCCUGGGGAAGUCAGUGUCUCUGCCUCAGAACAGCAUAGUGCUGAGUAAAGCUGCGGGUCAGGACGAGGGACGCGGUGGGAGAAAAUGGAGGCCAUCCAUAGCUGUGCAGGUGGACAGCUCAGAGACUCUGUCAGAUUCAGACGCAGAAGGCAAAGCUCUUACGGAGGUCCACUCUAUAGGAGUCCAGGUGGAAGAUGACAAAAGGCGGGCUCGUUUCAAGCGCUCCAACAGCGUGACGGCGAGCGUGCAGGCCGACCUGGACCCCGAGGGCUUCCCCGGGCUCAGCAUCGCCGUGCCAACGCAGGACAAGAGUCUCCAGUUUGGCUGUUCCUUCCAAAGGCAUUCGUCAGAGCCGGAGUCAGCUAGUCAGUACACAGAGUGCCAUCGCACCGUCCACACACAGGGACAGUGGGCCUACAGAGAGGAUUUCAUACAGAGUGGUUUUACCACUGAGACCUGCGCAGCGGACCCACGGCCCCACCAGCACCCACACUUGCCUCCACGUUCUCACUCCCCUCUGCCAAUCAGCUCUGAGAGAGCCUGGGCAGGGACACCAUCCCUGGAGGGGCCCCGCAGCCUGCCCGACUCGGGCCGAGCCUCGCCCUGCAUGAGAGACGGGGAGUUCUUCUUGCGCCUCCUGCAGACAGAGGUGGAGAGGAUGGAGGGCUGGUGCCAGAACAUGGAGAGGGAGGCGGAGGAGAACGAACUGCCAGAGGAGAUUCUUGAGCUGAUACGAAAUGCAGUUGGCAGUGCCCAGAUGCUCAUGUCUCAGAAAGUCCAGCAGUUCUUCCGCCUCUGCCAACAGAGUGUGGACCCAUCAGCGUACCCCCAGCCAACCUCUCAGGACCUGGCAAGCUUCUGGGACCUGCUCCAGCUCAACAUAGAGGACGUCAGGGUCAAGUUUCAGGACCUCCAGAGGCUCAAGGACUCUGGUUGGAGGCUCCCACCUGAAAAGAAGGAGGAUAAGAAGCUUCCUCCUCCCUUACCAAAGAAGCCAGCAGGCGGGGUGAGUGGCAGCCUCCGGGCCGAUAGCGUCGGGGAUGGGGGAGCCGGAGGUGGAGGAGGUGGGCCAGGGGGCCUGGUUGUGCCUCGGAUUGGUGGACAUACCCUACCCAUCAGGGAGAAGUCCCUGGACCUUGGGGACCGUCAGAGGACAGAAGCGAGGAGGAGGCUGCUGCAGACGAAGCGUACUGCCUCCUUCAGGCAGAACUCGGCCACAGAGAGUGCGGACAGCAUCGAGAUCUACAUCCCCGAAGCCCAGACUCGACUCUGAACACAAGACUGAGGUGUGUCCCACAACACCUCCUCACUCACCCCUGCGAAUCUGAUCUGAAUCUCAGGCUUUCUCUGAGCCUAGUUUUGGAUCCUCUGCGGGUCAUCGCCGUUUAUCCACUUCCCUCCCCUUCAGCAUUUCCAUCACUUCACUUACUGCAAAUUCACUUCUCUUGCUCAUUAAACAAGCAAUGACAGCCAUUUUAGUGUCUUGAAAUUUGGACGUUUUACUGACACAGAGGCCUAGACCUGAAAUGGUAGCUAGCAGAUAUGACUUUUUUAAGAAUUCUCUGAAUUUCUUUUUGGCUGACAAACAAGAAACAGUCCACUUUUAUAACAGUUGUCAGCUGAGGUUCACGCAGUAGUAGCAUGCUUGUGCGUGUUCACCUAGCACUUCUCCAUCACUGAAAAUAAAGGGCUUAACAGGCACAAAACCUCUUUGGAGAUGAGGAGAUGACAGAAUCUCCCUAUGGAUUCCCCUGUUGCCAUCUCCUGAAUGCCAUUUGCAACAGAAUCAACUACGAUAUAUCCGCACUCUUAACUGAUGCUACUAGUAUGGAUGAAUAAACAUGGAUUCAUUUCUCACCAUCAGUUUAAAUGCCCUUAAAGUCAGAUGCUUGGCAAUCCCCAAAGAACAUCCUCGAGGCAUAGUCAGUCAACUACAGCUGGCACUUUUCACCCAGGUGCCAUCUGUCCACCCAGGCACCAAGUCAAAGAAUAUUCCCCACUUCCCUGCAUAUCCAUCGACUACCCUCAGCAUUCAGCAGUGAGGCUGUUUGAAUGUGCAAGUGCUAUUUGUACAUAGAGUGCACACUCGUGUUUGCCAAAAGGAGGUUUUUUUUUUGCGGUGUAGCAUCACAGCCUUGACAGCUAGAGAGCAUCACAAACAAAAAAACACAGAGCCGUUUUGCUUUUUAUGUAGUCUCUCUGAAGUUUCAAGUGUUCAGGGGUGGGGUUGCUGGGAAUUUUUAGGGGAAUAUAUUUUGGUGGCUUUUCAAGACUUUACUGACAAGGCCCCCAUUUCACUGUGAGACUAUAGCACCACCAAGUGGUCAAAUGAGGACCCAAACCAACAACAGUGGUCUGUAGAGAGUUCUUUCCAACUCAGUCAGGAAUUAACAGAUGCCCUGAUGAAACAGCCAUGAAAGGAGAUAAGUUUCUUUAUUACCUUAUUAGUUCUUUCUCUUGUCUUCUCUUGAAUACUGAGAGUGGACUUUGCCCUGGUGCGUUUGCAUAAUUGCAAAGAUAAAGCAGUGGAUCAAUAAAGUGAAAGGGAGGAGAGCUGCCAAAGUCUUCAGCAGAAUCCACUCGCCUAACUUGAAGUACAAUCCCCUCAAUUUCACACACCGCUGAUGAAAGGAGAAAAGUAGUUUCUCCGAAGGCAAAGAAAACAAAAGGAGUCGUGUUUAAUGUAGCUCCCUCCAAAGCCCGUCCAAAGAGUCAUCAAGAGAGGAAACCAUCUGUUGUGAAAUGAUGGAAAAGAAGCAACUUCAUAGUGUAACUGGUAAUAUGAUGAGAUUAAAGGAGCAGUGUGUCAGAUUUAGGGGGAUUUAGUGGCAUCUAGUGGUGAGGACUGCACAUUGCAACCAGCUGAAACUUCUUCUGGUUAGAAUUCCCUCAGUGUUUAUCUUUUAGGAGGUUAGGAGGUCCCAUCCUGUCCAGAACAGACAGACAAGGUGAUUGAAACCAAUAAAAACACUGUGUAAAGCAGUUUCACAUUACAAAUCAGUGUUUCUCUGAUGCUGUUUGGUGCGUCGCUGACGGGCCGCUAGCCAAGCACCGUCUAACGUAACAUCCAGACGUUUAGGAUGUUUAGGUUCAGAGAGGUUCCCUCUCUCUAGAACAAACAGACCACGUGAUUAAAAACGCUAAAAACGGUGGAUAAGGUAGUUUCACGUUAAGAAAAAUCUGUUUUUCUGUCGCUGCUUGUCACUGAAGGAUUGCUUAUCUAGAGGCAGUGUUUAGUCUGUCUGUUCUGGGCUACUGAAACAUGGCGGUGCAACAUGGCGCUCCUGAUGUAAAUAUAAACGGCUCAUUCUAACUUAAUGUAAACACAAUAGUUCUUAUUUUCAGGUGAUUAUAUUCUAAAGAAAACAUUUUAUAUUCCAUGUCUGCUAAUAUAUCCCUCUACAUCCUGCACACUGUACCUUUAAGUAACACUAGGUAUGAUUGGAAUUAUACUGUAUGUUUGUUGCACUAUGUGUUCCUCUCCCCUCUUAUUUAUUUACUUCUUGAAAUCAUACUAUCUGGUGUUUCCGCGGAACAAAGUGUAGCAUGAUUUACAAAGCUUCGAAGGGGUCUUAUUUAUUUAUGUCUGGACACAUAUUUCUAAUUUAGUUGUUUGGUAUGGAUGGUGCAUAUCGGCUUGUGCGUGUCGUGUGAACGUGAAGGGCUGUGUGUCGUAAGGGACGUGAUGAAGCCCAAUGAAAAGUCCAAAUCAGCCGUUUUAAAGACAUAAAAUAUAAGAAUCUUUAAGCAUGAUCUGUUUUUCCCCCCUUUUCUAACAUUUGGAUGGAAUGUGUUGGCUAAAUGGGAUAUUUUAAUGGGAGAUGUAUAUUUUAUAAUAUAAUCUACAUUUCUAGAUUAGUAGAGACUAUUGAGUACAAUAUAUGUACAAAAACAGCAUAUAUCAAAUGUGAAAUACUACAGUAUUAUUAUGAUAGAUUAUAGCGUUGUGUGAUACUACAGCUGUGUGGCAUAUCCAGACUCAGUACAUGUGAAAAAGAAUUUCAAAUGAUUAUUAUCUUCAGUUUGUGAGUGCUGGGUCAGGUUCACAGGGUAUAACUGGCAAGAGUGUUAUUUGCCAAGUAUGAUCCUCCUUAGGCCUACUGUAUAUCUGUCUGUGGUUCUAACAACAUAUACUGCUGUAUCCCCUCCCUGUAUUCCCCCUUUAGAACCAACUACAUGUGCCUAACCAGCUAUAUGUGGAGGUUUCCUUUGAACACAGUUUACAGUAUAUAUAUAGAAAGAUAUGUAAAUAGAAAAGUAUAAAAAUCUACAGAGACUAUUGUUGAAAAAAUGUUUUUAUUGUACUGACACACCAUCCCUUGUCUCCCUCACUUUCACGUGCAAUACCCACAUGAGACUGGCAGAUUUUGUUGAUGUUAAUACUGCAUGUUUUUUGUCGACCUCCUUUGGAAAAAUUUAGCAGAAUCUCGUUUUUGACUGAUAAAAGCGAAGCAAAUUUUGUAGCUCACAAACCUUUUUUUGUGAUUGAAAACAAUUGACAGGAUUUUACAACGCCGUUAUUUCAAUGAGUCAUGCCUUUGUACAAAGAUGAUACCCUUGGAGGACAAUGAAACUGGCAACCUUGAAACAGCAGUCAAUGUUUUUGAUUUGAAUCUCAACAGAUCAAUUUAACAGCCUCCAUGUAAAACAAGCUGCCCUGGAAAUGGAGAAGAAAAGGGCUGAGAAUCAGACUUCAUGUUUAAUUCAUUUGCAGCAGUGUGGGUUGCGGAGCAGCCCUUUUAUCCCCUCAUCCUUCUCCUCUGUUACCCUCAAACUUGACAACAUCUCAGUGGUGUUUGACACAGCCCUCAUCAAACAAAGCACAAAUACCUGCUUUUAUACUGUUACUCCACUGUGAAGGCCUCUUGACUCCACCCUCACAAUCCUCAAACCUACACGCAGAGGGAUGGCGAGGUCUUUCCAUUACGAGACGUCCUUGAGGGACACCAGGAAUCAAAGAGGCUUUGUUGGAUCGUUAUCCACCGUAGCAACUACUACUUCUUCAACUCUCGCUGACUUUCUCCUCUAUACUUUUGAUCACAGGUGUUAGCCAGCCACCUUGCCUUGAAACAGGUCCAUUGCAAACACAUUUUUGGUGGUUUGAUUUCCAUACUUUUUGUUCAGUAUUUUACCCACCCAUCUGUGCGAUAUCUUCACAGUAUAAAUACAGGAGCCUCAGCUAGAAAUAGCACCUGGGUGUAUAGUUGUACAAACAUGAUCUGAGCACUCACCAACACACCAGACAGACUACUAUACGAACCCUUUCACCUCUUUCUAGAAGUGCAAAAACCCCUUGUGGACAGCCAGACGGACAAGUCAACUCCGAGUACCUCAGUUUCUAGCAGCAGUGUCUCCAACCCCGACCCAGGCCUCUGUCCUCAGGGGAUUCUCUAACACCACACAACCGACGGACCCUGAUAAUACAGGACCAGAUCAGUCCCGCAGGAAUGUUGUCCAUAUUCUCUGAAUGAAAGGGGAGAUCAUUUGAGCCCAGAUUCUCUUGUAGCCAUUUUUUUCCGAAACUGGAGAGGGGCUGAAUCACAGGCAGUGAAAGAAGUGGUUGAGGCAAGAGCUCAAUUGUAGCCAGUGUGUGUGGGCUGUAUACUGUGCAUCUGCAACAAAGGGGAGCAGGAGGGAUGCUGUAGCAGCAGAUUUGAGUUUUAGUUAUGCAGACAUUUCUGAGAGGCAGAGCUGCUCUGGAGGAAAAAGCAAAGUUACUGGUUGAGUUAAAUCUCAGUGGGAGAAGCCAAGGACCUAUUUUGUCUCGCUAAGUAACACGAGCUGUGAGCUUUGGCUGCUAUUUCUUGUUCGAUCACUCCCUACAAUAUUUAAAACUGAUCCGCUGUCAAAAAAUUGAGAAAAUUUCCAUGUCUUGUUUUGUAGAGGCAUUUGUGUAGAGCACUGGUCCCAAAUUGUGGGUGAAGUACCAUUUCCUGCUGUAGAGUGAGUGUCUAACAGAUGGCUACCUGACAGGGACCCCAAACUAGCUUGACGACAUGGCCAAACUCAUGUAUAUCACUAAAUAUAUUCAACCGAGUGGACCUUGAACUAAUGACUGAGCAGAGAUCUGGACUCCGUGGCUGGACCAGUUGGGAACCACUGGUUUAGAGAACAAUCCCAGUCGCCCUAUGUUUUAGCAGUUGAAAGCUUUUAACUAGCAACAAUAGGAAAUUUGGGGAUAGCAUUUGCAGUAACUUAAUGAGACCAUUUCAGACUUGACAACAUAAAUAUUUUGUAUUUCCUGUUGGAAUGUCUUCCAGCGUAUGUGAAUGACAUUAGCUGACAGGAAGUAAACGUAGGCCCAAGCUGUCGCCUAGCAAUGAAAUUCAAGUGAAACGAUCAAAACAACGAGGCUGAUAUCAUUAUUGAUAAGGUAGUCUCUAUAUACAGACUCUACAUUCAGUGAAUGUAGAGUCUGUAGGCAAACCCCGGAGAUCUUGCCUCCGGAAGAAGAGCGGAAGAGCCCUGGUUUCUGGUUGUAGGCUGUUUGUAGUCCGCGUGAUAUUGACCAAUCACGUUUGAGCCGGCUGCAGUUGUUGCCAGGUUAAAUGGUCCGUGCGGUGAACUAACGAGGCGGAACAUAAUUGGCAUCACUGCAAACUCUGAAUCCAUCGCAGUGGUUCAGCAUAUUUACUUAUAUAUAAACGGAAGUCGGAAACGGAAAUUCGGCUCCUCCGCCCAAAUCAAACCGGAAUGCCAAAAAAUCAUGGGUCUGCCCCCAGAGGCUGUAUCGCUGUCUGCUGGAAGUCAGACACCGAAUACAGCCGAUGGGUUCCAAGAAUGUUGAUAAGGUAACGCUGUGUGCGCCAAUGCAUAGUUUCAUGUUAACUUUCCGUCUGGUGGCGGACCCCGCCACUUACACUGAAAACUGCUACUUUGAAAGGGCAUUAGAGAAUGUAAAUGGAUUAGUAGGUAUUGCUGAUAAAAUGGCAGCCAUGAACUGUAUCAAAAAUAAGGUCUGAUUUCAGAAAAAAAUUGAAAGGAUUAUAUCUUUAAAACGUAUCUAUACUUUAACCAAAUUUCCUUAAAACAUUUCCGUGGCUCUCCUCUUAGAAGUUUUGCGUCCCUCUGCCUCCAGAGCAGCUCACACCCCAGAUGAUAUUUAACUGAAACUCCAAUGUGCCUUUAGCACUGAGGUGUAAUUGUGUUUGUGUGUAUGUGUGUGUGUGUGUGUGUGUGUGUGUGAGCGCGUGUAUUCAAACUGUAAUGUUGCUUUACAGUAUACACACAGGUAACCAUGUGGGUCAGAGACAACUGAGCAAUUACUGUGUAAUUAACAAAAAAUAAUACCCUGCCACCCUCACGUUUACAAAGAAAUGUAAAUACCUGUUGCCAAUGGACAUUGCUAUUCUCACUGUUACAUAUAUUGUUAUUACAAUAUGAUUAUUAUUAGUAUGAUUAUUGUCAUUGAAAGGAUUAAUUAUUGCCAUCACUCGCAUUAUUAUAAAUGGUGUUGUUGAUUAUAGCUAUGGGUAAACAUUGUUCUGUAUUCAAGGGCGAGUCUUGUGUACAAUAACAGAAAAAAUAGUUGAAUCUAUGAUGAGAAGUCUUAAAUCGCUGCUACUAAGGAGACGGAGUACAAGUAAAGCAAACUGACAUUAACUCUGGGAAGACAUUUUUCUCUGGGAUCAAUGAUGGACACUCCAACAAGGAGUGAGAGAUCACAAGAGAACAGUCAGCGUUGAACAGAUGGACUGAACGGAAGAUCCAAACAUGAGACCUUUCUCCAUGUGCAUUUAUUCCACUCUGAACUCUUGGUUCUGCCAGAGGAGUAAAACAACAUGGACUUCAAACUGAUACAGACUCUCCACUCUCUCUGUAUUCUACUCUAUAAUGUAGCAAAAACUAAAUAGCCCCUCGUUGUCUACUCUCUCCACCUCUCCUCCUCUUUCAUGUAUUUCUCACUGAACACCAUGAUUUUUAAUCAAACGGGUUUGAUACAGCGAGCUUUUCUGUCUUCAAGCUCAGCUUUAUCUUGAGUUCUCUUAUUUUAUACACGUUUGAUUCAGUGCCAAGACAGCAUAUUGUACAUACAAACAUUAAAUGCUUUUGUUUUUUCUCCUAUACAAACAUUUGACUGGAGCAUAUAGCAAUAGCGAUGCCAUAAGACAUGAACUUUGUUUCAUAAAGCCACCAGUGGAUACACAAGAUACAUGAGAACACCACGGAGACGAGAGGGAGAUGCAGUCUGAUGAUGUGCUGGACGGCAGUGGAGGGUGUCGCACAGUGAAGUGUAAAUCAUGAUUCUGUUUGUGGUGUUGUGGUUCUCAUUUUGUACAUACAAAUUUAUUUCUUGAUCUUGUAUGUUUUAUGGAUCUAGAUGUGUCAAAGGAGCACGUCUGAUAGCGCUGAAGCCCAGAGAGAUGGCACACUGUGACGUGGUUUACCCCAACACAGAAUGUAACACUGUCAACGUUGUCAAAACAUUUUCUAAUGGCUAAUAUUAUUACUAUUAAUAUGAUUAUUAUAAAGCUAUUUUAGCGAG